UUUCACUCAGCUCUUUCAUAUUUAAAGAGGUUCACUUUACGUGUUCUACAGUGAAGCAGACUGCAAGCAGUGUGUGGAGCAGUCGACCUCGUACUUCGCAACAAGCUCAGAGAACAUGUCUCGCUGGAUUGAAAUUGUUGCAUUUUUUCUUUUAUCAGUUGUAGCAAUCAACUGCCAGGUGUCUGGUCCCACGGGUCCUAUAGGUCCUCCAGGUCCCCCGAGGCCAGAGUGUCGACCUGUGUUGAUCAAAGGUGGCCCUCCUUCCAAAUUUCCUCCGACGCCAAACUUCCCGUACCGCUGUUGUGGAAGCGUUCCUUACAAUUAUUUUACAAGUGUCUGUUGCCUCAACCGAGUUUAUCCAAAGAAACCUGGUUAUGCAUGCUGUGGAUCGAGUAUAUACAACUCCAGGGCAAAAAUCUGCUGCAGUAACAGGCUACUCCCCAGGCAGCUAGGAAAAUUUUGCUGUGGGAUGGGACUAUAUGAUCCAAAGAAACAAGUAUGCUGCAACCGUCAACCAGUAACAAAGCCACCAUCAUCCCCUUUUAACCGGUGCUGUGGAAGUGCCCUCUACGACCCAUCCAAAUACUUGUGCUGCAGUAACACAGUACAACUCCGGAAGCCAGGACAGGUUUGCUGUGGAACAAGACUGUAUGAUCGAAGUAAGGAACUCUGUUGCAACCGUCAACCAGUAAGAAAGACAUCGCCUUCUCAUACGGCGUGCUGUGGAAGCAGUCCAUAUGUUCCUCGCCAACAAUCGUGCUGCUUCGGCGAGCCAUACAAUCGUGCAAAUCAACUCUGUUGCAAUCGCCAAGUAAUGACAAAACCAUCGCUUUCUCAUACAGGAUGUUGUGGAGGCAUCCCUUAUGACCCUCGCAAACAACGCUGCUGCGGCACAAAACUGUAUGAUCCACAGAGUUCCCUAUGCUGCGGUAGACAGUUGCACAACAAGCCUUCAAACUCACAUGCUUGCUGUGGCAGGGCAACAUAUGACACCAGAAGGCAGAAGUGUUGCUAUGGUAAAGUAAUCAGCACAUCGGAUCCCUUUCCUUCCAUUCCUUCCAGAAUUGGAUGCUGUGGAUCGUUUUUCGAUCCAAAAGCAUUUAACACAGCCACACAUCUCUGUUGCAACCGACGAGUGAUACCAAAACCAACUCCAACAUCAACUGCCUAUGCGUGCUGUGGAACUGUCCCAUAUGAUCGCAGACAGAGGGUAUGCUGUGGCUCAGUUCUUUAUUCCAAGCCAUGUUCGAAUGUGGCAAUGAGCUGUUGUGGUCUAACUCCAUAUUACCCAUCAAAUCAGUUGUGCUGUGCUCGACAGAUCACCUACAGACCACCAGACAUCAGAUCCCCGCGCUGCUGUGGCCAGAUGUCAUAUGACCCAUCUAAACAGGGUUGCUGUGGUUUCUCUCGUGUUUUUACUUUCGCAACACACCAAUGCUGUCCUGACCGCACAGUGCAGCCCAAGGGAUGCUGUUACAAUCGCAACGUGCAGGGUGCCAGGCCCCCUCCGGGCUGCCGACUUGUGGUUCAACCACCUGCAUAACUGUUGUGAUUAAUGAGAAGUGUUCACACCGACACUUUUAUCAAAAGGUUUAUAGAGUAAAGUGUGAUUUUUUUUUUGUUUGGUCUAAAAGUGAGUUGCUGUGACGGCAUUUGAUAGAAAAUCCUUAACCAAAGAAAAGUAUCUAAUCAGUUAUUUCAGGUGCGAUGAUACUUGCGGAGUAAUUGUGCGUCGGCAAGAUGCUGCUGCUCAUAAAAAAGUUUUAGGACCUAUUUUUCGUUCAAAAUGUAGAUCCUUUUAGAGUAAUAGAGCAAUAGAUAAUUUUCGAGGAAAAUCCAAUUAAAGGUCCCAAAUAAAAGACAUGCCCAUGCGUUCGAUGCUCUCUUUUGAUAUACUUUGAACAAAAUACAAAUUGCAAUGUUAAAUUCGAGUUGUUGGAAUGGAUCAACCUAUUACCGUUCGGAUUGUUGCGUCAGCAAAUGACAUCGCCAACUUAAUUAUCACCGGACACUGAGUGCUCCAAACAGUUUGCGUGGCGUUCAUUUGCAAAGCUAUUAAAACUUAGCCACAGGAAAAGGUUCGUUUCUGGCAUAAUAAUCUAGGAUAAAUAGAGUUCAAAUGACACAAUGCUUUUAGUAGUUCAUUAAUUAUCUUGCCGGAGGGAAUACUUAAAUAAAAAGGAAUUUCAGAUUCUAGAAAGCACAGGAAAUGAAUUCUGAUCACCUCAGAUCAGUUUCGGUUAAAGUGGUUAAAUUGACAUCGUCGGUAACAUCAAUUGGCAAAAAUCAUGAUGUGCAUUAGAAAAAACCGUUCUAAUGAUUAAACUUAAAAAACGCUAGGAUCGAAGUGACUCUGCAUAAAUUUUUUUAAAUCUCUUUCUCGUUUUUUUUUCAAACUUACUCUCUUUUCAAGAAUUGGAAGUGUAUACAAAUGAAGACCACGAUACACUUCGUUCAUGUGGAUGUUCAAAAAAGCUAUGGUUUUGAUCGCGCAUUCAACUGAGCAAGCAUGAAAAAGAUUUCAAAAUUCAUUUUUGAAAAAAAGAUAAAAAUCCGGUAUACAAGACGAGGAAUACAGACGCAUAAUAAUGACGCAUUUGGAAACAGUGGAAAAAUAAAUUGGAAUCCCACUUGAAGCGAGUCAAUAAACCAGUUUGGUCAUCAUAAAUAUGGUUGGUCCAAAACAAAUGACACUUGACAAUGUGACAAUACUAUUGGAGUUUCUGAUAAUAAUUUAUUUCCUAUUUUGUUACUGAAUUAUUUAUUAAGAAUCGCUAUGACAUAAAAUUCAUACAAACUUAAUUGCUCUAAACGCCUCCCAAACGAGCUACAAUCUUUCGUGACUUAUCCAGUAUUAGCCCGAUAAAUUUCGAAUCGAAAUUUUUCAGUUAAAAAAUAAAAUUCA